AUGGAAAGAGGGGGUGAACAUUCCGAAAACAUUGCAUCUAAUGUGAAUAAUUGUAAAACAAAUAACACCCUCUCAGAAAUGGCAUCAUUUGACUUUGAUCGCCCCAGAUGUAUUUUAACUAUAAUUGAAAAGUUGGAAGAAGAACCUAAAAUAGUUCCUGACACUAAUACAUCUGCCUCAAAAGGCAAGAAAAGAACUAGAAGUCAUGAACUAAGUGUGGAGCAACUUAAAAACUACAAUAAGAUAUUACACAAUAUACAAAACCCCUCCCAAAAAAAUUAUCCCAUUUCUUCUAAAGAAAAUAAUCUGAGUUUGUCCCAGAUAACACUUCCAACCAAUCACACUGAGAAUAAUCUAGAUUUAGCCACUGACAAUGGUUUGAUAUCAGCAGAAUUAGUAAACAACCAUAGUGAUACUAUGCAAAUGCACACUAGUCCUUUACAUAAUUUUCAAACAAAUGAAAAUAUCAAUCCCCAACUCAGCUUAAAUAUAGUUUCUAUCCAUUUAUUAAAAAUAUUAGUGCUAGAAAAUAGGCAACCUGGAAUUGCUUCUCGCCCGAAUAUUGACUAUGAUAAAAAGUUAACAACUUUCCACCUUUGUUACAACAAAUUCAUUAAAUACAUACUUCCCGCGGAUUAUACAAAUUUUAAAAUCAGCCUUUUCUCAAAUAUCAUUCGCAUGGCGAAAUAUAAAUCUAUCAAAUUUUGCGAAACUCGAAUGUAUCAGCUUAUUUUAGAAAUGUUUGAGUGGUGUAAAAGGAAGCAAGUAAUAGAGAAUGAAUGCGCAUCUGCCAAUAUGAUGGCGCAAACUUAUGCUUCUCCCGCAUCUCAUCCUGAAUUAUAUAAAUCUUUGCAAAAUCCACCACCAUAUGAAGUCGCUGUCAAUUCUCGCGGGAACAAUCAAUAUGUUUAUAAUCCACCUGCACAAAUGCAGCAUUAUGUACCCCCACAGAUUUCUUAUCCUUUUCCAAGUAUCCCUCCACACACUUCACCUAUAAAUCCACCUGUGAAUAGCUAUUCACUGCCAAUUCAAGCCCCUAUUCUUAAUGGACUACUUUCACAAAAAUCAAGCCUAUCUCCACAUAUACCUUGUAACACAGGAACAUCAAAACGUCCUCAUGAUGUUGUGACAAAAUUUAACAAAACUCGGGAAAAACAAAAGGAGUUUUUGUUUACAUCAGGACCACCAGGCAGCGAAGACUGUACUUAUGUUGACUUUGAUUUGCGUAAUUCAAGCAGGUCUCAAGUCAGGCUGUGGCCUGAAAACGGAAUUUUAGAAAACUGUCAAACACCAAUAUUACCUUCAAGUAGAAGAAAUUUCAAUAAUUCACUGAAUUCUCAAUACACAGAAAAUGUUAUUAAUUCUAUGGAACUUCAAAGUACGAACGAAACCACAAGAUCUUCCGCAUCCAGAGACAGUGGAUUCAUGAGUCCAUUAAAUUUUAAUAGUGAUCAAGAUAAUAUGAAUGCUGCAUUUUCCAAUGGUAAUAACGAAGAAGACCAGAUAAUAAUAACACAUGUGACUUCACUUAGUAAAGACGCAGCUUUUAUAUCGACGGGUUCCUGCAAUGUCUGCACAAACAAAACUAAUAAACGAUGUGUAGGAUGCUACAACAUCUAUUAUUGUUCGAGAGAGUGUCAGAGUGCCGAAUGGAAUGUUCAUAAGUUCUUGUGCUACCCGCAGUGA